CUAAAAUUGAACAGAGGGAGUUUUUAAAGUUUCGGUUAACCAAAGACGGAACGCCCUAAACCAGAGAGACCUCCCCUCUCCUCUCUCCCUCUGCCAUUCACCGUCGUCGCAUUUCGCAAGCUCUAUCUCUACAUACGCAACCCGCUGGAAGUUACCAUUUAGGAUAAUGGUCUCAUCGAAUAUCAGGGACCUCUUGACUGCAUUUAGUCCUUCAUUGGACUACUUCGCAAUCAGUUCUGGUGAUGGUCGCAUAAAGAUAUGGGAUACGGUGAAGGGCCACCUGCAAACUGAGUUUGCAGACAUAACAUCAUAUGAUGCUAAUUUGUUUACUAAACCUGAAAGAGGUCACCUUUCAGUUGAUUAUACAUGCAUGAAGUGGUUAUCACUGGACAGAAAGAAGAAAAGGAAGCUAGGAAGCUCACUCCUGGUAUUAGGAACAGGCAGUGGUGACGUUUUGGCACUCGAUGUGUCUGCUGGUCAAUUGAAGUGGACGGUCAGUGAUUGCCAUCCUGGGGGUGCUAGUGCUAUUUCAUUUUCAAUGCGAGAAUCAUGCAUUUACACUGCAGGUGCUGAUGGAAUGUGUUGUAAAAUAGAUCCGCAAACAGGAAAUAUGUUGGGGAAGUUUAGAGCUUCUAAUAAGGCAAUAUCCUCUAUGUUGGUUUCACCGGAUGGGAAGAUAUUAGCAACUGCAGCUGCACAGUUGACUGUUUUUAAUUGUUCUGAUCACAAAAAGAUACAGAAAUUUUCUGGUCAUCCUGGAGCUGUUCGUGCUAUGUUCUUUACUGAUGAUGGAAAAUAUAUUCUUUCAUCUGCUACUGGGGAAAGAUACAUUGCAUUAUGGAGGGUGGAUGGUGGCAAAAAACAGUCAGCAAGCUGUAUCCUGGCAAUGGAACACCCUGCUGUAUUCCUUGAUUGCUGGCGCCUUGAAAAUGAGGGAAUUGAUGCAGGCUUAUGUGUUUUGGCCAUUUCAGAAACUGGUGUUUGUUAUACAUGGUAUGGACAAAGUAUUGAAGAAUUACGUAGUGUGAAACCCACAAAAGUUGCAAUAGCUAAUGAAGGAUCUUUUUCCAAUAUUCACAAGGGUGCAUUACCUACAAUUUUUGCUGCAAAAUUACAAGGCAUUGUCAAAUCUAAGGCUGCACAUGUGUUUAUUGCCUAUGGUUUGCUUAUUAAACCUUCCUUUCAGAAAAUAGUAGUGCAUUCAGGCACAGACAUAGAGUUGAAUUGCUCUCAGGAUGGAGUUCUCUUACCAGUGAGUCAAUCUCUCAUUAAAUCUAAGAAAGGGUCAGAUAUACAGAUUGGAGCAGUUACUGCAUUGGACCGUGCCAAUGUGGAAGAUGCGUUGCUUCCUAUGCCAAAAGUUUCUGAUUUUCAUGACAAAAGGAUGUUAGAGAAAGCUUUAAACAAUGACUUGGAUGAGGUCAUGGUGGAUUUGAUUGAUGGUAGGAGUCAACCUGAACUUGUGGAGAAUAAAGAUGACACUGUAACAACUUCCAUGGAGAAGCAUUUGAGAUCAUUAGAAAUACUUAGGAGUAAGGAUGAUGGUAUGUUCAGAUCUACUCUUGCUUCUGCAACAUCUAUGGGUAUUGAUAUUGAAGCUAAUAUUCCGCAAAAGAAGAUGAGAGCAGCUGUUUUAUCUCUGGAACCUAACAAUGCAUGCAAGUUAUUGGAACUCUUGUUGGCCAAAUGGGAAUCCAGGUCAUGUAGUGCAAAGCAUAUUCUACCAUGGAUAUACUGUAUAUUGGUCAAUCAUGGCCAGUAUAUCAUGGCUCAAGAAAAAUCAGAGGCCCAAAUGCUUAGUUCAUUAUUAAAGAUAACCAAAUCUAGAGGGGUGGCUGUUCAACCUUUACUAAGGUUGUCAGGUUGUCUACAGCUGGUAACUGCACAGAUUGACAAGGCUGCCAUGAACAAAGCUCAUGUCUCAAUGCAUAAUGACCAAAUGGAUGACGAUGAUGACGACAACGAUGAAGAUAUUGGUGAGCAGCUUUAUGGGGAAGACGAUGAUGAAUCCCAAUUAAGCAGUGAUGAUUAUAACUAAAUGCAAUCUCCAUAACAGAAAAGAUUUCCUGUGGAAUAUUGUGGGGAAGCUUCAUUUGGUGCGGAUUUUCAUCAAUUUGCGUCAGAUUGUGCAUAGAUUUGCUGGUGCAUUACUGGAAGCAUAAUUUCUCCCUCUACAUCACAUGUUUCUUUGUUCUGUCAUGUAUUGCCUCUAUUCUUUGUCCAAAUGAGAAGAUGUUGGAUUAUAUUUUUCUUGUAAAAAGGCAAUCAAUUUUGUAAUCUGUCUAGAGCCUUUUUUUCCUGGUGUCUGCCAUGGCCGCAUACAGCUUGGGAAAUGAUUUAUAUGACACUUCUCAAACAAUUAAAAUGACUGCAUCUUAUUUGUCUUCA